AUGAUACGAGCCUGUAGCUUAGACUUAGCUCGCGUCGUCGGUCCUGACGUAGCUAUUGUGAACGUUGCUUUUAAUAGGGAAAUUCGGACUCCAACUGUGACACUUGAAGGUGAUAUAUUUCAGCCAAGUGGUCUUCUUACUGGUGGAAGUCGCAAGGGUGGAGGUGAUCUGCUAAGGCAACUUCAUGAUCUGGCAGAGGCUGAAACAAAACUUCAAGGGCACCAGAAAAGGUUGUAUGAAAUUGAAGCGAAGAUCAAGGAGCUUCAGCCUCUUCAUAAGAAGUUCACAGACAUGAAGGCACAGUUGGAGCUGAAAAUGUAUGACCUGUCCUUAUUUCUAAAAAGGGCUGAACAGAACGAGCACCACAAGCUUGGUGAAGCGGUGAAGAAACUGGAAGAAGAGUUUGAAGAAAUGAGAUCCCAAAUCAAAGAGAAGGAAGGUUGUUACAAAAGUUGUGCUGAUACUGUCUCCACGCUAGAAAAAUCCAUCAAAGAUCAUGAUAAAAAUAGAGAGGGAAGACUCAAAGACUUGGAAAAGAAUAUUAAAACUACCAAAGCUCGUAUUCAGGCAUCCUCAAAAGACUUGAAGGCUCAUGAAAACGAAAGAGAGAGACUUGUGAUGGAGCAAGAAGCAGUGGUGCAGGAACAGUCCUCUUUAGAGAGCCAGCUAGCUUCAUUGAGGACGCAAAUUAGCACUCUGGCUUUAGAUGUGGACAAGCAACGAGCCAAGGUGGAGGCCAUACAGAAGAACCAUGAUCAGUCUCUAGCUGAGCUCAAGUUGAUACAUGCAAAGAUGAAGGAAUGUGAUACACAGAUUAGUAGUUUUAUUGCAGACCAGGAAAAAUGCCUGCAAAAGCUUAGUGACUUGAAACUUGAGAAAAAGAAGUUGGAAAAUGAGGUAACAAGGACGGAGAUGGAGCAGAAGGAUUGUUCUGUGAAGGUAGACAAACUUGUCGAGAAGCAUACAUGGAUAACAUCCGAGAAGCAGCUUUUUGGAAAAGGAGGGACAGACUAUGAUUUUGAAUCCCGCAAUCCUUAUCAAGCAAGAGAAGAACUUGAAAGGCUCCAGACAAAUCAAUCGAGUCUCGAGAAAAGAGUGAACAAGAAGGUCAUGGCUAUGUUUGAAAAAGCAGAAGAUGAAUACAAUGCGCUUAUAUCAAAGAAAAAUAUAAUCGAGACGGACAAAUCCAAAAUCAAGAAAGUGAUCGAGGAGCUUGAUGAGAAGAAAAAAGAAACACUGAAAGUUACAUGGGUUAAAGUUACUCAGGAUUUUGGUUCCAUCUUUUCAACUCUACUACCUGGGACCAUGGCAAAACUAGAACCUCCAGAAGGCGGUAGUUUCCUUGAUGGUCUUGAGGUCCGUGUUGCUUUCGGAAGUGUCUGGAAACAGUCUCUAUCUGAGCUAAGUGGAGGGCAAAGAUCUCUUCUCGCACUCUCUUUAAUCCUGGCAUUGCUUCUCUUCAAGCCAGCUCCUCUCUAUAUCUUAGAUGAGGUUGAUGCAGCUCUUGAUCUCAGCCACACGCAGAACAUAGGACGAAUGAUCAAAGCUCAUUUCCCGCAUUCACAGUUCAUUGUUGUUUCGCUGAAAGAAGGAAUGUUCAACAACGCCGAUGUUCUUUUCCGGACGAAAUUCGUUGACGGUGUCUCAACUGUCCAGAGGACAGUAACAAAACAGAGCAAAUAA